AUGGCGGCGAACAUGUGGUUCCCGUCAUGUCUGAACCAAACUCGUUAUUUCUACACUAAAGUUUUACUAAUUAUCUACUGCUAUAUCCUAAUAUCUGGAUUAACCUCUCAUACAUCAUUAUUUGGUAAAAAUAGUGACAGGUUGUACGUUGGUAAGAUAUUAUCAACAACUGAAAAUUUUAUCGCUCGGUCAAGCAAGACUACACUGAGAAAAUGUGAACCAAGCCUUACACUUAACUUUAAGGCAAUGAAACUCAUAGGAUUACUACAGUUUGGCUGUUUCGCCACAUUGUUAUUAGCAGCUGGAGAUAUCUCCCCGAAUCCUGGCUGGACUUAUCCCUCAAUAAAUGGUGCUGGACUUAAAGUUGGUCAUUUAAAUAUUCGAAGCCUUCCUAAGCAUCUGGACGAACUAAAGAUACUUUUACAAGAUAACCUGUUUGAUGCAUUGUGCCUAAGUGAGACCUGGCUUAAUGAAACAUGGACUGACACGGAACAUUGUAUUGAUGACUAUGAUAUCAUUAGGAUGGACCGUGCUGGUGCUCUAAGAGGAGGUAUAGCUAUAUAUUAUAAUACUAAAUUUAUGGCUCGCCAAUGACACAAUAUUUUUUUUUAUAUAAACAAUAUUUUAUUAAAUUAAAAAAUUGGCAAUUGCCCCAAAAGCCACUAAAGGCUUAACUGGGGCGCUCUUGACGUUACAUAUUUAAAAAAAAAUAAAUUAAUAAAGCAAGCACAAAUUUUGGACAAACACACAAUUAACAUACACACACUGGGCAACGUAGUCAAGGGCUGCUACGGGUGAAACGACCUGAAUCAAUGAUUUUUUGGACACUUAAGAAUACAUUAAUAUUCGUAUCAAUAGAAACAUUCCCGAUACCAUAAAGUAACCACUUAAGACGUGUACCCUUACCAGCACCUGACCACGCUGCACCGAGUAAGGAAGCAGCAGAGGUGAGUGAAGUAUUCGGAAUAGCAGCAUAUCGGUCACAGUUGAAGAAGAAAUGA